CAGGUGCGGGGGCCAGGGGAGCACGGGCACAUGUGAAAGGGAUGGAAGGGGAGCCAGGGCGCAGAUGCCGCAGGGUGCUGCUGUGGGUGCCAUAGAGGGCAUAGAGGGAAGCGCUGGGGUUGCAGGAGGGACCCGGAUGCCCUGCUGCCCUAGUGAGGCCCUGGCCACUGAGCUGCUGGGCUGCACGUCAGUGCGGCAUGGCAGAGCGCUGCCUGGCGGUCCUGGCUCUGCGAGAGCAGGUGUCACUCUGGGCUCGUCCCCAGCUGAACAGCUUCGGAUCCCUGGCAUCGUCCCCCAGCCUGGUCAGCGGUGGGGCUCGUCGCCACCCCUUCUUCGCAGCCUCCUCUCUGGGAACAGCACUAGAGCAGCCAGUUCCUCUUUCGGUCUGGCUCCUCCCCGGUGCCGUCGCCCCGGAGCAGAGAUGGUGGAGCUGCCCUUCCUGCCCUUCUGCGCCCUGCUUGGUGCCCUGGGGGUCGUGUGCGUGGCCUUUGUCAGCGCCUGGUGCCAGCAGUGGCGCGGCGGCUUCGCCUGGGAUGGCAGUGCUCAGAUGUUUAACUGGCACCCCGUGCUGAUGGUGACAGGCAUGGUGGUGCUGUACGGCGCAGUGGCCCUGGUGUACCGCCUGCCCCUCUCCUGGAGUGGCCCCAAGCUCCCCUGGAAGGUGCUGCACAGCGCUCUGGCCCUGGUGGCCUUUGGCCUCACCGUCCUGGGGCUGGUGGCCGUCUUCAACUUCCACAACGCCCGCGGGACACCCAACAUGUACUCGCUUCACAGCUGGCUGGGGCUGGCCACCGUGCUGCUCUUCUCCUGCCAGUGGCUCGCCGUCUUCCCCUCCUUCCUGCUGCCCUGGCCCCCUGCCUGGCUCCGCGCCCUCUACAAGCCUGUCCACGUUUUCUUUGGCUCCACCAUCCUCAUGCUGGCCAUGGCUUCGUGCGUGUCAGGCAUCAACGAGAAGCUCUUCUUCAGCCUGAAGAACGGGACAACGGCGUAUGCCUACCUGCCCCCUGAGGCUGUCUUUGCCAACACGCUGGGCCUCCUGAUCUUGCUCUUCGGGGUGCUAGUGCUGUGGGCCCUGGCCAGGCCAGGCUGGAAGCGCCCGGAGCCGGACUCGGUGGACACUCGCCAGCCCCUGCUCAGCGCUGAGCGCUGACACUGUGCUCCCGAGACUGCCAGCCCCGAGCUCUCCGCUCCCUUCGCUGCUCUGCUCGCCGUGCUGGCCCCACUCUCGGCC